UGUUUAUUCCAAAUUGUUUGUUUCGGUAUAAUUUUUGCAAAAUAUUAAAGAAUAUAUACUUGCGUAAAUAAGAAUAUUACUUUCAAAGUCGAAACAAUCAUAUAAACAUUGAUGUAGGAGCAUUAUAAAUUCAUAAUUUUAUUUUGUAUACUUUGUUUGAUAGAGAAAUGAACAUCUUUUUGCCCAUUAGCAGUUGGUAGAUAAUGGUAUUAUAUCAUGAGACGUAAUUUGAUAUGCCAGUUCUGUUAGAUGGGAACACUAUCUGCUUCGCAUGUAUAUACAAGUUUCCGGUGAACCAAAAUAAGAAGAGAAACCUUUGUUUGAGUUAAUGAAUUAAAAACUAUUUGAAAGUGAUCUGUGGAACAGUAUAAUUCAGAGAGAUGAGGACGGAAGUUACAGAGUCACAACCUUUCAAAAACUUAAAAGAAUUAUUCGAUAACGUGGGUAACUUGAAACCAUGGCCAGAAAUUGGAGAACUACGAGAUUCAACUGAUUAUGUGUACAGUGGUUUAGAAAUAAGCGCAGGAAGAACGCGGUUAGAAAAAUUGGAUAGAGAAGUACAUCCGAAAACGUUGCUCUGUCAUGAUAUGAAAGGUGGCUACCUAGAAGACAGAUUUAUAUAUGGAUCAGAAUCUUAUGGUUCUUACCUAUUUUAUCACUGGAGUGUUAUUGACACUUUUGUGUAUUUUAGUCAUCAUUUCAUAACUGUGCCCCCUUUUGGAUGGAUUAAUGCAGCACAUAAUCAUGGUGUAAAAGUUCUUGGUACUGUAAUUACGGAAAGAGAAGGUAUCUGGGAUGUUAUACUUGAAUCUCAUGAAGAAGUAAGAAGAUUUGCAGAUGCACUAAUACUUGUUGCAAAAUUUUAUAAGUUUGAUGGCUGGUUAUUAAAUAUUGAAAAUACCAUUAAAAGUGAGCAAGUUAAUAAUUUAAUUUAUUUUGUAAAAUAUCUAACAGAAAAUAUUCAUGAAGCAAUUAGAAAUUCUGAAAUUAUAUGGUACGAUAGCGUAACCAAUGAAGGAAAAUUAAAUUGGCAAAAUGAGCUUAACAGUAAAAACAUAGAUUUCUUUUUAAACUGCGAUGCCAUUUACUUGAAUUAUAACUGGACGAAAUCAAAAUUGAAAAACAGUUUGGCACUAGCAAAAACUCACAGUCGAGAUAUUCAUGAUAUAUAUGUAGGAGUUGAUGUUUGAGGUAGAGGUUGUCCUGGCGGUGGUGGAUUUAAUUCAUCAUAUGCUUUACAAAAAAUACGACACGAAGGACUUUCUGUUGCACUUUUUGGUCCAGGUUGGACUCACGAAUUUUUCGGAUCUAAGACAUUCCAAGAAGUAGAAGAUCUAUUUUGGGCACAGUUGUUUCCUUAUUUAUACGUUCAUGUAUCUAUCUACGAAGAAGAAGUAUUCAAAACAUCAUUUUGCCGUGGCAGUGGUAGCAUGUAUUAUCGCUGUGGUCAGGUAUGUCAAAUUUUGACAAACACAUUAUUUUUAACAAACUGAAUUUAUCAUAAAAGAUAUAACUUAGAAAACACGAAGUUGGCACCCUGCUGAGGGUAGCCACCCACAUGCUAUAUUUAUUUUUAUUUUAUUUUUUUUAUUACCAAUGAGAUAUAACACUUUACCAA